AUGAGUGCCACCACUACUGCUGUCACGGUGACGUCGGCCACGACCUCCAGCACUGCAACAUGCGUGUCCGUCACCCCGGACAAAAAUGGCUAUGUGCCACCGGGGGCCUGCGGCAACAUCGACAUGUACGAGGCUAGCUUCGGCGCCGCAGUCUUGUUUUGUGUCUUGUUCGGUCUUACAACUGCCGUCCAUGUUUUCCAGGCUUUCAUGUUCAAAAAGCGCUACGCGUGGGUUGUAAUCAUGGGCGCGCUCUGGGAAUUGGUCUCAUCAAUCAUGGCCGCGCUCUUCGCCAAGCACCAAAGUUCUGACGCCUACGCCACGCCGCACACCAUCUUCUUCCUGCUGGCGCCCAUCUGGAUCAACGCCUUCCUGUACAUGACCUUGGGCCGCUUGAUCUACUUCUUCAUUCCGGACGCCCGGCUCGGCGGGACCUUCGUCUGGCUGGACAUCAUCUCCUUCAUCGUGCAGCUGGUGGGCGCGGCCUUCACGAGCUCGACCGACGCCUCUACCGCCACCAUCAUGAUGGGCGUGCACAUCUACAUGGGCGGCAUCGGGCUGCAGCAGUUUUUUAUCUUGGUCUUCACCGGCUUUUUCAUCCACCUGCAGCGCAAGAUGGCCGAGCUAGAGCGCACGGGCCAGUUGGACGCGGAGAAGUUGGCGCGCGGCAGCAUGCGCUGGCGCUGGCUCUUCUUCGCCAUCUACGCCUGUCUGUUCCUCAUCACCGUGCGCAUCGUCUUCCGCAUGGCGCAGUACUCCCAGGGCACCGACCCCAACAACCCCGUGCUCACCCACGAGUGGUACGAGUACGUCUGGGACGCUACCCCUAUGUUCUUCGCCCUGGUUGUGCUGAACGUCAUCCACCCCGGCCGCGUCUUGCAGGGCCCUGACAGUGAGUUCCCGCACGUCAGCCGCCGCGAGAAGAAGCGCGUCAAGCGCGAGAAGAAGGAGGCCAAGCUGGCCGAGAAGAAGGCCCGCAAGGACCACAAGCGCCACCGCAAGCACGGCAGCGUCGCCUUUGAUCUGCUCGAUGCCCAGGAGCUCGGCAGCACCCCGCGUGGCUACGAUGCUGGCGACGAUGCUGGGUAUAAUGCCGGCACCACGGUAAUGCCUGCGGCUAGCGGCGACAGGGCACAGAGAACCUGGUAUGAUCAGCAGGGGAAUGAGGUUAGACGGUGA